AUGUUAGGAUUACCAUCUGGUGGCUCAUUACUUUCAAACAUGGAUUACAUUUCGGAGAAUAAUGAAGAGAGCUGUAUGUUUGAGUGGAAGAAACAGUAUGAAAAUAUUGAUAAAUUGAGAUUGAAACAGCUAAAGAAUGAACUUGUUCAAACUAGUGCUGCGGAUGACAACUUCAGAAUCAAUUUUUUGGUUCUUUUUAUUAAUACUUUCUGUGAGUCUACAAGCAUGGGUAAAUGUAAUCUGAAUCCAUUGUAUUUAAUCAGAAGAGAUACUGAUUUAAGUAGCAUUGACUGGUGCGAUUACAUUGUGGAUUGUUUGGUAAGGACGAAGAAGGUUUACAAUCCAGAGAAAGAAUCUUCUUUCUUUUAUGGACCAGCAGCAUACCUUAUGUUGUUGUAUGUGGAUACUUUCAAGUUUGAUCAUUUGCAAGUCACACGUAAACGUCCAACUAUUUUUUAUUGGACGUCAGAGAAGAUAAGGUUUCUUGAGGAUAUUUUACAAGAGAGUGGAGGAUUUGGAUGUGGACAUGUUAAUGAAGCAUAUGUUGAAGAAGAAUUUCAAGAAUCUGAGUAUAAUGAGGAGGAAUCUGGUGGUGAUGAGGUUGAAUCUGAUGGUGAAGAGGAUUUAUGUGAUGAGGAUGAAGAAGAUUUUGAUGUUAAUAAAGUUAGUGAUGUGGAGGUGUAUGAAAGUAAAAUUUCAUGUAUGUAUCAGAAGAUGGAGGAUUUGAAAAAGGAUCUUGUUGUAAAGAUAGAUGAGGGAGUGUUGAAGUUUCCUCAAAGUCAAAAUUUGAAAAAUUGGAAAUUAUUAUUUCCUGUUGAAGAUUUAAGCACAAAAGUUUUGAUUUAUUAUGUUUCACAAAAAUAUAAAGAACCGAUAUUAACACCUGGUUUUGUUCAAGUUAAUGAUGAAGAUUAUGGGAAUGAUUUUCUUAAUGAUGAUGAAAAUGUUGAAGAUUAUGAUCAAGGGAAAUGUUCUGGUGGUCAGGGGGAUGGAAGUGGUCCACAUGAGGGCAAUAUUGGUAAAAAUCAUGUUGAAGGUAAAGGUGAUGAUGAUGAGGAUGAUGAACAAGGAAAUGGAAGUGGAUGUAAUAAAGAAGAGGCCAUGAAUUUAAAUUUGUGUCGAAAAUGUUACUAA